UGGAGCGUGCAGCAUGCAGCGCAGUACACAGUCAGAUCUCUGGAGCAGAGGCAUGAUUAGCAGCACAACAAGGAAUCCAAUGGAAACACAGGAUGACUGAUGCUUACUUUUUCUGAAACAGUCAGCAGGAAACCUUUGACAGAGCAAGGAUGAGUUAGCAGCCCAUGACUGCACUGCUGGAAGCGGGAGCUUGUUCUAGUGAAUCAGCAUCAAUUACACAACAACAUUAUCUUCAGCAAAAUACUGCUGGAGGAACCUGCCUGGAUCUUAGCAGAACCUCAGUACAUCCUGUUGAUCAUGCGGCAGACCAAACAGCCCAACUUCAUGCUGAUGGUGCUUGGAUACCUAAUACCUGUCAUUUGGGGUUUUCCAUUUGGACCGGUUCUUGAUGUGGAUGUCACCCCCAGGACAACUGUACAUGUCAAAGGGCUGCUGGGUUGUAAUCAUUUCCGUGGAGCUGCAGUGAACUACAGUUCUCUGUUACUGGAGGACGGACCAGGGUUGUUGUAUGUUGGGGCCAGAGAGGCCAUUUACAAGCUGGACACCUCUAACAUCUCUGACACCAGUAUCUCUCUUUCUCUUGAAUGGGCAGCGUCUGCAGAACAGAAGAGGCAGUGCCUGAGCAAAGGAAAGAACAAUCAGACUGAAUGCUACAAUCAUGUGCGGUUCCUGGACAGAUACAAUGACACUCACCUGUACACCUGCGGGACGCAUGCCUUCAGACCACGCUGUGCUUACAUAGAUGUGGCACGCUUUACCUUUGUGCGUUUUGAGGAAGGAAAGGAGAAAUGUCCUUACGACCCUACAAAGGGCUACACUGGAUUCAUAAUAGAUGGUGAGAUGUACUCUGCCUCCCAGUAUGAGUUUCGUAACAUCUCUGAUAUACGACGCAACUUUCCCUUCCCCAACUUGCGGAUGGACGAUUCCCCAACAAGAUGGCUGCUGGAGUCAGAUUUUGUCGGCUCAGCGUUACUCAGAGAGAGCAUCAACAGCUCCAUCGGGGAUGAUGACAAACUCUACUUCUUCUUCACGGAGAGGAACACAGAACCGACAGCUUACUCCAGCCAGACCAAAGUGGCCAGGGUGGCCCGUGUGUGUAAGGGGGACAUUGGAGGGCAGAGGUCUCUUCAGAGGAAGUGGAUGUCCUUUCUCAAGGCCAGACUGGUGUGCGCCAUUCCUGAUUAUGAGCUUUAUUUCAACGUGCUACGCAGCGUUUUUGUCGUCGAGGGAAGCAGCGUACAUGACAGUGUCUUGUAUGGUGUUUUUGGACUUGAGUGGAGAAAUGUUAAGAUGUCUGCAGUGUGUCAGUACUCAUUCAGAGAUGUCCAGACAGCUUUUGAUGGGCCUUACAUGGAACUACAGGACACCAAAUGGAGGGAAUACACUGGGGAAGUUCCAAAACCGAGGCCUGGCUCGUGUAUAACUGAUCAACAUCGGGCCCUGCUCAUAAAUUCCUCCCGGGAUCUCCCUGACAACGUACUGAAUUUCACUCUGAGACAUGCUUUAAUGUCCAGACAGAUCCAGCCAGUGGGAGGACGUCCUGUGUUGCUCCAGAGGAGUGCAGACUACACUAAGAUUGCUGUAAAACAGGUUGUGGAUAUGGAUGGACGUGUCUAUGACAUGCUCUUCAUUGGAACAGAUGAGGGCUGGUUACACAGGGCUGUGAAGAUCGGAGACCAUGUUCACAUCAUCGAAGAGCUUCAGCUUUUCGAGGAGAAACAACCAAUCAAUAACAUGGUGAUAUCACAAAAACAGAACAGCAUCUAUGUGAGCGCCGCUUCUGGAGUGGUGCAAGUACCCCUGUCAUCCUGUGAGCGCUACACCUCCUGUUAUGACUGUGUGUUUGCACGAGAUCCAUUCUGUGGCUGGGAUGGUAGAGCGUGUGCUGAAAUAGCAGCCUAUGCUAACAGGUCCAGUCUCAUCCAGGACGUCCAGAUGGGAAGCAGAGGCUGUACUAACAUUACAAGCGAUGGUUUCGUCAUGCACCGGACUCGUGCAGUGAUGGCAGGAGAUGAUGUACUGUUACAGUGUGAGAUCCGUUCUAACCUGGCCACACCUCACUGGACGCUGAAUGGUCAGGAGCUGGAAGGUUACGGCGUAGACUUCGGCUACCGCACCGGCACUGACGGCCUCCUCAUCAUUGGCGCUCAAAACCAGCAAAGUGGACACUACCGCUGUUACACAGUAGAGAAUGGCGUCUGGGUUCCUGUUCGCAGCUAUAUGGUACGAGUCCAACCCGUUCCGCCCCCCGCAUCGCAUCUCUCAGGAAGCCCGACGGCUUUACCUGAAAGUUUCUUUACCACCACAACUGCGCCAACUCCGAGUCCUUCCAGCGUUCCUGUGGAGCAGCUUCUGUCACCUCCACCGGCCCUGUUGCCUUCUAGACCGGAGUUCCAGACCUACAGGCACAUGGAGGCCAUGUAUAUCUCUCUGGUGGCUGUUCUUGGCGGGCUUUGUCUGGUUCUAACGGUGGUCCUCCUGUACGUUAGCUUCUGUGCACGCAACUCUCCCAAUGCCAGAAAGUACUCCCAGCAAGCUCUGUCCAUAACCACAGCAACUGAAAGAAAGAGGAGCUCGCACUUUGAGCUCAAAACCAUCUCCAGCCACUGCAAUGGCAGAGUGGAGGGGCGUAGCAGAGUAAUGUCAAGAGACGGAGAGUUUCUACAGAUCGUUUCAGCGGACAUCCAGACCACGCCUAGUAAGGAACCUCCGCCAGCGCCGCCACUUCCUAUGCCGCCGCCCCUGCCUGCAUCGGAGUACGCCAACGGACUGUCAGCCACGUUGCCCAGCGUGCUGAGAAAGAUGAACGGGAAUAGUUACGUACUCUUGAGUCAGACAGACACGGAAAUGACGUCUCCGCUUUACCACUCUUUCACCGAGGAGCUCAACAAGAUUCUAGAAAAGAGGAAACACACACAGUUGGACAUCCAACCAGAUGAGAGCUCAGUGUAGCAUGAUCUUGCACCACUGCUAUAUCGCCCCCUUGUGGUGUGGAGGCUUACAUUUUGUAUAAGAGUAUUGUUGUGACGUUCUUUGUGAUCUCGAUAUACAACUUCAACUUAUUUGGCUUGGCGCCUUUGAGAAUCAUCUUGUGAAAAUAUAUUUAUGAAAAUAUUG